AUGGGUAACGAGGCCUCCACCACGGGUGGACCCAAGGUGGGCUACCACGUACUAAAGGUGGUGGCGCACUCGCCUGGGGCGCAAGCGGGCUUACCCCCUUUUUCGACUUCAUCGUCGCUGCCAAUGGUCAAGUAUUGGACAGAGAAGACUCAAGACUGGUGGACGCCCUGCGCAGCAACUUGGAACACGAAGUCGACCUUUCAGUCUACAGCACCAAAACCGAACAAGUGCGAACACUGUGCAGGAGUCAGCACGCGCUUCUGCUCGGUGGCUGCUGCCAACGAGAACGUGUGGCACGUCCUGGAGGUGUCGCCCAACUCACCCGCGGCCGAAGCCGGUUUGGAGAGCCACCUGGACUACAUCGUGGGCACACCGGAGCUUGCGUUCAACGACCCCGAGGACUUCUUCACCCUGAUUCAGAACAACGUCGGCGUGGCUGUGCAGCUCUAUGUAUACAACCUGCGCGACGACAACAUCCGGCUCGUGUCUUUGCGCCCCCGCAAGGACUGGGGCGGUGUUGGCUGGUACGAGGCACACUAA